AUGCAGGGCACACCGGUUAAUAUCAUUGUCGGUUCUCAUAUUUGGGUUGAGGACCAUGACGUUUCUUGGAUCGAUGGUCAAGUAACGAAAAUAAAUGGACAGGAAGUUGAGGUCAAAACAUCCGAUGGUAGGCAGGUUGUUGCUAAUUUAGCAAAAAUAUAUCCUAAAGAUGAGGAUGCACCUGCCGGUGGAGUUGAUGACAUGACCAAACUAUCUUAUUUGCACGAACCAGGAGUCCUGCAAAACUUGGCAUCGAGAUACCAGCUCAAUGAAAUAUACACGUACACUGGAAGCAUUCUUAUUGCCAUCAAUCCAUUUCAAAGACUGCCUCACUUGUAUGAUGGCCACAUGAUGGAACAAUACAAGGGCGCGCCAUUUGGCGAAUUGAGUCCUCACGUGUUUGCCAUUGCAGAUGUUGCUUUCAGGGCAAUGAUCAAUGAGGGAAAAAGUAACUCCAUACUGGUCAGUGGAGAAAGUGGUGCUGGUAAGACCGAAACUACUAAAAUGCUUAUGCAGUACCUCGCCUAUUUGGGUGGCCGUAAAGGCACGGAAGGGCGAACUGUAGAACAACAAGUUCUUGAGUCAAAUCCCGUACUUGAAGCAUUUGGGAAUGCAAAAACUGUCAGAAAUAACAAUUCAAGUCGAUUUGGUAAAUUUGUUGAAAUUCAGUUUGAUAAGCAUGGAAGAAUAUCAGGAGCAGCAAUUAGGACAUAUCUUCUUGAGAGAUCUCGUGUUUGCCAAGUUUCAGAUCCCGAGCGUAACUACCACUGCUUCUAUCUUCUUUGUGCAGCACCACAGGAGGAAGUUGAGAAGUAUAAGUUGGGACAUCCUAAAACAUUUCGCUAUCUAAAUCAAUCGAAUUGCUAUGAAUUAGUUGGUAUAAGUGAUGCACAGGAAUAUCUGGCAACAAGGAGGGCCAUGGAUGUUGUUGGAAUAAGUCAAAAAGAGCAGGACGCUAUUUUCAGAGUUGUGGCCUCUAUUCUUCAUCUUGGCAACGUUGAAUUUUCUAAAGGGAAAGAAAUUGAUUCAUCAGUUCUUAAGGAUGAUAAAUCAAAAUUCCAUCUUCAGACUGUGGCAGAGCUUCUCAUGUGUGAUCUUAAUGCACUGGAAGAUGCAAUACUGAAGCGUGUUAUGGUUACUCCGGAAGAAGUUAUCAAGAGAAGUCUUGAUCCUGAUGGUGCAGCAGUUAGUAGAGAUGGAAACCUGGAGGGAUUGUUGCUCUUCUUGAUGAGGCCUGUUGCUCAUUAUGCUGGGGAGGUUCAAUACCAGUCUGAUCAAUUUUUGGAUAAAAACAAAGAUUAUGUAGUUCCUGAACAUCAAGAUUUGUUAUGUGCUUCCAAAUGUCCAUUUGUAGCGGGCCUUUUUCCUCCAAUCCGAGAGGAGUCAACCAAAUCUUCUAACAAGUCUUCUAAGUUUUCAUCAAUAGGUUCUCGUUUUAAGCUACAACUUCAACAAUUGAUGGAGACGCUGAAUUCCACAGAACCUCACUACAUCAGAUGUGUGAAACCUAAUAACCAACUUAAACCUGCUAUUUUUGAGAAUGUCAAUAUCAUGCAGCAACUACGUUGUGGUGGUGUGUUGGAGGCAAUUAGAAUCAGUUGUGCCGGAUACCCAACUCGCAAGUCAUUUUAUGAAUUUCUUAAUAGAUUCAGUCUUCUUGCUCCUGAGGUCCUGGAAGGGAACACUGAUGAAAAAACAGCAUGCAAAAAGCUUUUGGAGAAAAUGGGUCUUGCUGGGGCUCAGAUCGGAAAAACAAAGAUCUUCCUGAGAGCUGGUCAGAUGGCUGAGCUAGAUGCCCGCAGAGCAUUCAAACUUAGUAAUGCAGCAAAGACAAUUCAAAGGAAGAUUAGAACUCACAGUGCUCGGACACAUUUUCUUGCUUUGCAGAAGUCAGCAAUUUGCAUACAGUCCCUAUGUAGAGGAAGACUUGCUUGCAGAGUAUUUGAUUGUAUGAAAAGGGAGGCUGCUUCUCUCAAAAUCCAGACAAGUUUGAGAGGACAUUUGGCCAGGAAGAACUACACAUCACUCAAAUACUCAGUUGUCAUACUGCAGACAGGGAUUCGGGCAAUGGCUGCUCACAAAGAGUUCAGAUAUAAAAAUCAAACCAAAGCUGGAACUAUUAUACAGGCUCACUGGCGCAGUCAUAGAGAUUUUGCGUACUACAAGAGACUCAUAAGGGCAUCGAUUGUGACGCAAUGCAGAUGGAGGGGAAGAGUUGCUAGGAAAGAGCUUCGGAAACUAAAGAUGGCUUCAAGAGAAACAGGUGCACUAAAAGAAGCAAAGGAUAAGCUUGAAAAACAGGUGGAAGACCUUACACUGCGUUUACAGCUGGAAAAACGUUUGAGGACUGACUUGGAGGAGGCAAAGGGACAGGAAAUUGCAAAGUUGCAGCAGUCAUUGCAAGCUAUGCAAAGCAAAGUGGACGAUACAAAUGCAUUACUUCUCAAAGAACGUGAGGCCACUCAGAAAGCAAUUGAAGAGGCCUCCUCAAUCGUCCAAGAAACUCCCGUUCCAGUAGAAGAUACAGAGAAAAUUGACGCUCUAACUGCAGAAGUUGAGAACUUGAAGGAAUUGUUGCAAUCGGAAAAAGAAAGAGCUGAUACUUCUGAAAGAAAAGCUGCUGAAGUCCUAGAAUCAAGCAACGAAAAGAGUCAAAAGUUAGAAGAAACUGAAAAACGAGUUCAUCAACUUCAGGAAUCAUUGAACAGGAUGAUAUAUAGCAUGUCAGGACAAUUUUCGGAGCUGAAAAUGAUUUUAUGUGCCCCAACCAACUUGAGUUCAACUUCCAGACUCGUUGCUAGAGAUGAUGAUGAUACAUCUACUUCUUCUGAUACUAUGUCUAGUGACUCAGAUUUCACCUUUCCAGCUCCUGUUACAACUCCAACAAAUCUUUCUUCCUUCAAUCCUGGUGCUUUCCAGCUCAUAGUUCAGGAUCUUUCUGCAGCUGAAAACUCAGGAACCGAACACUGGGAAAAUGUUAGUCCCCCUCCCACAUCAGUACCAGUGGACGGCCAGCAUAAAGCAUCAUCGUCACCUGAUCCUCUAAUGCUUGAACAGAAGCUCACCAACUUAGAAUCAGAAAAUAAAGUUCUUCGCCAGCAGGCUCUAGCCAUGGCUCAGAACAAUAAAUUGAUAUCCAGAAGUUCAAGGUCAAUUAUGCAGAGGGUAGAAAGCUCAAAGACAAAUGUUGACUUGUAUAGUACUUCAAUGAAUGCUAGAGAUCAAUCAGAUAUGGACGACAGACCUCAAAAAUCGCUCAAUGAGAAGCAACAAGAGUAUCAAGAUUUACUGAUACGAUGUGUUGCACAGCAUUUAGGCUUUUCUAAAGGCAGGCCUGUUGCUGCUUGCAUUAUCUACAAAUGCCUUCGGCAGUGGCAUUCGUUUGAGGCUGAGAGAACAAGCAUUUUUGACAGGAUAAUACAAACCAUUGGUGUUGCUAUUGAGACUCAAGACAACAAUGAUGUGUUGGCUUACUGGUUAUCCAAUGCAUCAACUUUGUUGUUGAUGUUGCAACGCACAAUGAAAGCUGGAGGAGGUGCUGGUGCAACACCACAACAUCGGCGAUCGCCAUCAGCCACUCUAUUUGGAAGAAUGACUCAGAGUUUCCGCAGCACCCCUCAAGGCGUUAAUCUUUCUUUACUAAAUGAUGAUUCGGUCGGUACCUCACUUCAAGUAGAAGCCAAAUACCCUGCAUUACUUUUUAAACAGCAGCUGACUGCAUAUGUGGAGAAAAUAUAUGGAAUGAUCCGUGAUAAUUUGAAAAAAGAAAUUUCUCCACUGCUGGGGUUAUGCAUUCAGGCUCCAAGAAUAUCCAGAGCAAACUUAAUUAAAGGAACAGCCCGCACACUAGCAAAUGCUGCAGCACAGGAGAUUUUAAUUGCUCACUGGCAAGGAAUUGUAAAGAGCCUGGCGAAUUUUUUGAACAUAUUAAAAGCGAAUAAUGUACCUCCAUUUUUGGUUCGAAAGGUGUUCACACAAAUAUUUUCUUUCGUCAAUGUGCAGCUAUUUAACAGCCUUUUACUAAGACGAGAAUGCUGCUCAUUCAGCAAUGGUGAAUACGUCAAGGCUGGAUUAGCUGAACUGGAACACUGGUGUUACAAGGCGACUGAAGAGUAUACAGGUUCCUCUUGGGAUGAGCUCAAGCAUAUAAGACAAGCUAUUGGAUUUCUGGUCAUACAUCAGAAGCCAAAGAAGACUCUGGAUGAAAUAAGUCAUGAUUUAUGCCCCGUGCUCAGCGUUCAGCAGCUCUACAGAAUCAGUACCAUGUACUGGGAUGACAAAUAUGGCACGCACAGCCUUUCCCAAGAUGUUAUAUCUAAGAUGAGGGUAUUAAUGACUGAGGAUUCAAACAACGCCGUCAGCAGUUCGUUCCUGCUAGAUGAUGACUCAAGCAUACCUUUCUCAGUGGACGACCUUUCCAAAUCAAUGGAUCGAUUUGAUAUUUCAGACAUUGAACCACCACCACUUAUUCGUGAGAACUCGGGCUUUAGCUUUUUAUUGCCACAAGCGGAAUGA